AUGAGGAUGAGCGAGGAGGAGAAGACGUCACAUCCGGAGUUACUGAGCAGCGAGGUGUCUGAAGGGCUGCUGCUGAAGCUGGAGGAUCUCGAAGCAAGGCUGACGAGGGACAUGGAGAGCAUGAGAUCACUUCUUGCAGGAGUGGCUGAGUACGAGAACCUUCUCCGAGAGCGGGCGAUGCUGGAAACAACCUUCACCGACUCCUCCAGGCUGCUGGAUCGCACUUCGAACUCGUACACUCUUCGGCGAUCGGAGGAGCGGUACAAGGCUCUGGUGCUCAAGAUCAUACCUGAGAGAAGGAAGGAGCUGCUAGAAGCGAUAGAGGAGUGGGAGAGGAGCAACGGGAAGGCGUUCUUGACGUGGGGACGAAGGUACCUUGACAGCCCAGAUGAAGUGAUACCAGCGGACGAGGAAGGUGUACGGGGACGAGGAGCAGAGCAGUCUCAGGUGAAGGCGAGCAGAGGAAAUGAUAUGAAGGGAUCGCAGAAUGUUUCGAAAGAGAGGAUAGUCCGCAUCCAGCACAAUCGUGACAGAGGCGAAGAGCACAUCUCCCAAGUCUCACAGUCUAUCUCCUUCAUCUCUGCUGCAGAGCCUUCUAUAGAGCCAGACGCUUCUCCAGGUCAACCGCUAGUCUCCUCUCUGCACAGUAGCUCAAGUGCUUGUAGCUCGGCGGUCGAAGAAGCAAGAGCGUGCUUCAAGCCUGCUGAUGGACCGGACAUGAUGAAGAGAUGUCAAGUCGGACAAGACUCGCCCAAGGCAGAGGAGAAAUCCAAGAGCAUGCCUGCGGAUGCGUUGGUGCUGAAGAAGGAUCAUAGCAAACUCCAAGAAUCGCUCAAGCUUGCCCAAGAAAAGAUUGUGACGUUGGAGGCCAAGCAAGGGAAGCUGAUAGAGCAGCUGGCGGAGCUCUCGCUCAAGCUGCAAGACAAGAAGUUCGUCCAGCCGUUAGACCUCAAGUCUGCCUUUCAGAGCUUGUUCCAAGGCUUCACCAACGUCCUCGACCCCUCUCAGCCAAAACGAGCCGGUAACUCGGGUGAGGAGAAGAAGGUUCGCUUCGCCUACAUCGGCGAGCACUUCGCUCACUCGCUACUGAGCGGCUUCAGCGCCAUCGAGAAAGUGGAGAAGAAGCAUCUUGAGCUCCUGGUCGAGCUGGAGGAGCAGCGGGAGAGGCACCAGCAGGAGAGGAUCGAAAUUUCCCGCAAGCUUGCGGACGUCCUGUCGAGAUGCGACAACUGCGACACCGUGGCAGAAGAAGUUAAACUCGACCUGCAGGAGGUCGCUGCUCGCGCAGAGGAAGGGAGGGAGGCAGCUCGGAGCGUGUGCUGUCUGAGCGACGAAGUGAUUUCCUGCCAGCAAGGCUUGGACGAACUCCGCUCGCGCACUGUCAUGCUGGAAGAGAGGAGCGGGCAAUCUGAGGGGAGCAAGUCAGCACAGAGACAGGGAGAUGUAAAGCAGGAAGGAGGUACAAGAGAGUGCGGAGAAGAGCAUGGGGAGGAGGGGAGGAGCGCGUUGGAGGAUCUUUCCUCGCGCGUGUCUCUCCUUGAAGCUUCUCUGGCAGCCUCUGCUCCCUCUCCCUCUCCCUCUAUAUCCGCUGAGGCCAUCAACGCGCUCAGUGAGGAGCUCACAGAGAGGAUAGAGGAGUCUGCGGCGCGACGAGACAGCAGCCUGAUGAAGACGCUGGAGGAGGCGAUGCUCUCCUGCGUGUCGCGCGACGACGUGCGAGAGAGUCUGCUGCUGUAUGCCAGCAAGAAGGACCUCAAGGCGAGCGAGAGCAGGACCUGGGAGCGCAUCGCCAAGGUCGAGGAGGAGGGAGCGCAGACUUCUGCGAUGAUCAAGCUGGCGAGGAAGGAGCUGGAGGGGAUGAAGAGUAGCUUCCUCCUCUCCUCUCCUCGCAGGAGCUCGCGGCAAAGCUCUCGAGCCACGAAGAAGACUGUGCCGAGGCGGUAG